UUACUUGACAUUUCAACACCGGGACCUGCGUGUGGGGUAGCACAAGCUCGAAUACAUUUUUUAAGAGAAUAAUUUUUCAACCCUUAUUUUAAGCUGGCUUGUGGAGCAUAAUGGAUUCAGAUUUCGAACAACUUGCCUCAGCAAAAGGCGUUUCAUCAGAACUGUUUCUAUGGACCGCUGUAGAGCUCAUCAACGGUACCAACUUUGUGCAUCCGUUAUACGAUGACGGCAGAACGAAUCAGUCUGAAUUAGCCCAGUGUGCGCUAAGGUAUCUUCGAACUAGAGCCGCCAAGGGCGACGUUGAAGCAAAGAUCAAACUCAGUACGGUUCUUUUAAACACUACUGCGCUCCACCAGGAUAGUCGGGAGGCAGAAAUAUGGGCGAGAAGUGUCUUUGAUCGACGAUUAUCAUCCGCGCUGGCGAAUUACAUUGAAGGAGUGGAAGACGAUCUUUUCGACACAGUUCUCAAACGAGCGGAAGAGGGAUCGCCAGCCAUGUGUCAUCUUGUAGGCCUUGUUCUCUUGGAUGGUGUAGGCUUGCCACGAGAUGUUGAGCAAGGUGUAGCGUAUUUGAAGAAAGCUGCAUCCGCAGGACACAACGGAGCUCGUGUGGAGCUGGCGUCGAUUCUUGGGGAUGCGUUCAAGUAUCCCGGAGUUCAUGAUAUCCAAGAGAGUCUAUCCUUGUACGAAGAAGCAGCGAGCGACCAAGUCGAGGAAAAUAAUCUGCGACGUUUAACAGCAUCCGAUGCUCGAGCUCUCACGGACCUUGCACGGCUACAUUAUGAAGGUAAUGAAGAGGGUGGUGUGCCGCGCGACCGCGAGAAGGCCUAUCGCUAUGCACGACGGGUCGCCGAGGCAACGGGUGAACAGUACUGCCAGUAUAUCGUUGGAGACAUUUUGCUGCACGACAAAAAGGAUGCUCGGCAGGCAAUAUUCUGGCUGACUCAAUCAGGUGAACAAGGAUUCCCGCUUGCUAUCGAAACGCUGUCACGGGUAUACUAUGGUGGUCUUCCAAACGCCCGUAUCAAGCGAGACUUUGAACAAGCGCACGAAUGGUGUCUGAAAGGUGACGAUAUAUGGCCCUCUGGAUUGGGAUUCUGCCAAACGUGCUUGGGAGAUAUGUAUCGUUCCGGGUUAGGUGUACCCAAAGACCUUAUGCGAUCAUUUGAAUACUAUCAGAAGGCUGCCAGUCAACAAGAUGCCCCACAAAACUAUGCGCGAUUCAUGCUAGGUGAAAUGUUCUUCAAAGGUGAAGGAUGGCCUCAAAACUCUGCGGUAGCUUCAGAAUACUACAAACUGGCAGCAGCAGAAGAUUACCAGCCUGCAAAAGAACGGCUGGAUCAACUAGCAGCAUUGGAAGGACAGAAGAAGGCAGCAAAGGCUGCGAGCGAGGCUGCAGCACGACGGAAACCAUGGCAAUUCUGGUCCAUAUUUGGAGGCGGCAGACGAAAACCUGCAGCAACAGUUUAACCUGUCUUUUACUUUCCUUCUUUACCUUGACACAUCAUAUCCGCACUUUUGAUUAUAGAUUAUUUUACCUUUCUCAUUAUCCUUUUGCCCCUCCAUGCGCAUUUGCAAACUACCGCGCACCAUAGCAUUUACUUAAUAACAGCGCCAGAUAAUAAUAUGAUACUACCAUGAUACCCCAUCCUCCUUCAUAUUGGUCAUACAUCAGAACAUAAAUUACCCCAAAAAAUAUGUAUUAUAAGAGCUCCAUUAUUACUACUAUCGAUCUCCUGAAUCUUGAAGCGCAAGACAUAGUAAUAAGAUGCUAAGCAGAUUACAUAAUACGUUG